UGUAUAAGUAUCUCGAGAUAAUUUUAUUUAUGUGAUAUCCAUUUUCUCUGUAAUUUUUACUGUGAUUAUUAUUUUAACACUGUUUUCUUUUAUAAUUCCAUGACAAUAUUGUAAUGUGAUCUGAGAUGAAAAAACGAAUGUCGAGAAUACUUGAAUAUUUUUAAUUUUAAUAUUAAUUUUAAUCUUAUGUUCGUUUACUAAUAUGCAAUCUCAUGAUUUGUAUGUCUCACAGGAACAGGGUAUAUCCACUUUACAGGACGUCGAAAAGAUACAACAACAUCCCGACCUGCAAAUACCGCGAUUACCACGGUGAAAUGGAAGCGUGCCAUUUUAUCUUACGCCUCAUUGUGCAUUUAUACACAAUGUUGCGGUUAUCGCAAAGAGGCAUAUGUAUAGUAUUCGUGUAUUUAAAUAUAGAAUAGCGACGUCAUGUGCUUUUGAAUAGUUUCUGAAGAAAAACAUAAAUAUGCACACAAAUACACACACACACACACACACACACACACACACAUAUAUGUAACUUGCUGCUUCAUUAUAUAUUAGGAUAUAUUAUAUAUUAUUUUUAUUUAUAAAUAUAUCUUCAUUUUCUCUGAAUGACUCUCAUCAUGUUGCUACUUUAAGUACGUGACGCACAUCAGCAAGACACAUAUAGCAUAAAGUCAGAAAUAUCUUUGCAGCUUUCGCCACUACGUUAUUGCGAACGAAAUAUUCGCUGCGGCUUCGAUGCGUGUUAGUUAAUUUAAUUUGUACAUCUGAGAGCAGCUAUUGAAUAAAUGAAAAUCAUCAAAAGAUAUCGACUUGAUCUCUAAUCUCCUUUAGCCAGAACUCAAUUUCGUUCAAUUUUGAUGUCGAGCUUCUAUGACAAUGGACUACUUAUAUACGGGAGGAUUGGUAUAACAUUAAAUCGAAAAGAAGACUUAUAUUAAUAUAUAUGUAUAUAUAUAUAUAUAUAUAUAUAUAUAUAUACAUAUAUUUAUAUAUAUAUAUACGUAGAAUUCCACUUUAUUGUUUCUCUUAGCCAAGAAAUGGCAUCGGGCCUAUUUCUAUGCGCUGCAUGAAUACAAAAUUAAAUAGAACCGAGUAAGUAUAAGUAAGUAUAAGUAAAUAUAAGCCGUAUCCAGAUGGAAUUUCGUGUAAUUUCGAUCAAACGAAGCGUAUAUAGAUACGAUCAUACGAAAUACAAAGUCCUUUUUGCUUCUUUUUACGCUGAUACAUGAAGUACGCACUCGCUCUCUCAACCUAAGGACUGCCCUGACACAAGUUGCAUCUGUUGCAUCUAAAGACGAUAAUUAUGUUUAUGCUGUUAUAAACCAAAAGAUCGGUAUAACAUCAAUGAUCCAUCGAGUUACAAGUAUCACGUUAAGAGGAUGCCAAAGUGGACGACGAGCUCCAAAAAUGUCGACAACGUAUGGACAAUCAUUUAAACGUCAUGUCAGAUAAGUAUUAACAUGAUCACGCUACUCUUUUUUGUCGUUCUUGUACAUAUAGGUUUUGUAUACACGUGUGCUGCUUUGUUUUAUCUUAUUCAGCAGGAAUCAUAAACACGUACAUAUAUAAAUAUUUUUCUGCAAACUUUCCGUAUAUUUAGACGUUUCUAAAUUUGAUUGCAAAUGUACAACAAUGUUCUUUGAAAUUUUUCUGAGCGGAGCAAAUAUACGUUUGGCAUGUGCAAUCUUCACAACUUUUGCAUAAGACAAAUAUUUACUGACAAACAGUUAACUGACAACUCGAGACGUCAAUUUUAUAAUUUUUCAUCAUUUUCUCAUAUUGAGUUAAUACACCAGUUAAUUUUAGCACGUACACCAGUUAAUUUUAGCACGUACUUUUACUGUGUAAAAGCAUUUGUAAUUCUGCGUAACCAAUACGACGUAAACUUUGCAGAAAAAGAUUAGUGAAGUUUUCAAGUGUGGCAUCCCCUUAACGGAUGGUUACUAAGUCACAUUCAUUGUAAAGAUUUUUACGAAUGCUGCUGAUGUGUGUGCACACACACACACAUCGUACAAGUUUCACAUCAUAAUUCUCUCUACAUACACACGAUUAAUCAUGGCCGUUUUAUCCAGUAUCAACACAUUUAAUUCUUCAGUAACGACACAUUUAAUUCUUAUUUCUAGACGAAAAAACCAUUAUAAUCGAGUUACUUUUAAAAUUUAUCCGCAGCUUGACACACGGCGUGCACCCGAACACGUAAAUGCCAGUGCCGUAGUAAACACAUAGAACAUUUCACACGUAAUAUUUUCGAUUAUAGUCUUAACCCUCGUUUAAUUAAUAACGGUUCCAGCAACUGCACGGAUUACAGAUCAGCUCCGAUUCAGACACUGUCCGACGAGGAUUAAGGAUUAAUGUUAUUAUACUCGACCAAUUAUUGUUAUUGGCCGAUUGAGCCAAUAGCGAUUGGAUAGGGGUAACUUAAUUAUGAGCUUAUUGUUACUAUUAUAAUGCCACAUAAUAUGAUUCGUUCGAUGGUCUAGGAAUUAAUGCUUAAUGCUUAAAAUUAAAUUACUCGCGUUUUCGAUAUACCUGCCACAAGUGCUCUGACGAAUGUGUGAAUUUAUUGUUUUAUUUUUAAGUGCUUCUGCCUAAUCGCGAAUAAAUAAUUUUCCUUCGCUUUCGGCUAGAAAAUUUCGCAUUUGGAUAUCGAUAAACAUUUGCUUUUAAAUCUGAGACUUUUCGAUUUCAAAUUAAUCGGUUAUAUUUUAAUAACGGUUAUCUAUGCCAGGUUGUCGUAAUAUUGCGAGAAGUUUUCGUUUAUUAAGUUAAUUUAAAAAAUUAAUUUGAUUUUUGAGGUAAAUUUGAGUUCACUUUUGCAUUCAAUGAAAACGGAUUAUUCAUCAACCGGGUGAUCGUCGUGAAGGUUUUAUUUUUUACAACAGUAUAUAAUACACACCAGACUUUAUUAGCAUUAUUACUUGCAUUACGUGUAUUUAACGUUAUUUAUUGAAAGAAGAAUUUGAAUCAUAUUUUCUCUGACCGACCCAAUAACUAAAGAUUUACUCACUUUACGGAGACGCGAGUGCUCUGUACGAAUUAUUCAUUGUUGGUGACCAGUAGCGUAUUUUUAGACGAAACGUGAAUCAAGAUCUAUUUCGUAUUUGAGAUUGUUUCAUUAGCACUUGCUGCCAGUCGAUAGAAUUCGCGAAGUAAUGCCAGUAGCCUAGUGUGCAAUACCUUUCCUUAAUUUUUAUCAUAUCCUUAAUAGUUAUCCUUAAUUAGUAUAUAUUGAUAAUACGUACAUCCUAAGUUUCUUCCUUUUCGUCUUCUUUUCUUUUUUUCUUUUUUUUUAGGUGACGUGCACGUCAUUUUUUGCAAUUUUUAUUUUUUAUCUGGUUAACAUGCUUCUCAUUAUCGACUAUUUUCAUAGAAGGACAAGCAUCGUCUUGAAAAAAAAUGUACCGAAACUUAAAAGAUGGGACAAUGUCUCGAAAAGUCAUAAUAUCGAAAUGCGAAGAUAAUAUCCCGAAUAUAGAAAAUGAAAAAGAUCUAAUAAGUAUGGGUACACACAUAUACGCGCGUAUACACACACACACAAUAUAUAUAUUUCCCAUAAUUUGAGAAGAUUGUAUUUCGGGAUAUUCAGAUAUUCGGGAUUUCUUCGAGAUAUUCAGAUAUUUCGUUAUUAUAACUUUUUAGGAAAUUGCCCUAGUUUCCGAAUUUCGAAAUUUUGAUUUUUCGGGAUAAUGUAUGUCCUUCUAUCUAUAGAGAUAUAGCAUAUAGGAUUGCAUACCAUUUAGUUAAUUCGCCAUUUCUUUGAUUGUUGUUGUCGUCUAUUGAUUGUUGUUCACUGUUAACAGAUUUAAAUCACACGAUGCGUGAUGCACAUGCGAAAUUGAUUAUAUAUUUUGCAACAUAGAACAGCGCCUGGAAGAGCGCAGGCAAAUUGUACUCGCGCGCAAAUAUCAAUGAAAAUGAUAGAAUCUAAAAAGUUCAAAAAUGCUAUGUGACGGCUUUAUCAGAUACACCAUGUAAAACGUCGUUAAUUAUCGCGCCUAAUCAACACCAGCGUUAACUUUUUUCGUGUAUAUAUAUGUAUGUGCGUAUGUGUGUUUUCGUGUAUGUAUGUGUUAAACGAAAAAGAAGCGAAACGAAAGAAACGUAUCUUAAACCUCGUCUACAUAGUUUGUAGAACGCAAAGCGCAGAUCGUAAACGCAGAUACAAGAUGACAAGUAUCAAUUCACGCAAAGUACAUGUAGUCGCACUCGCGUAUCACGUGACAAAUUGAUUCAACUCGAAUUGAUUCACUUUCUGUGAAUGCGUUGCUUUUGCGACUAUGUCUUACUUGCAUUAACCAAAAUACAGAAGAAAAGACUUCGAAAAGAGUGUGAGGUUAUUGUCCUUGUAACCAGAACAAACCGAGUCUAUUUUGUGGUUAGUAAGUUUGCCUGUUACAUUGAUAAAUAUGAGCGCAUGUAUAUAUUGGACCUCUGAAAGAACACGCCAAUUAAUUAUGUCGGUAUCUCCACAAUGAAAAUUUCGAAGAGAUCGAUAGGUACAAAUAUGAUCUCUUAUAUGCGCGUGUGCCACUUUUACGUUCAAUGUAGACACUCAUCUUGCGACGUGAUUUGCGAACUACGAAUACACAGUUUUACGUAUUUUUCACGUCUGCGGCUUGCGACUUACGAGCUAUGUAGACGGGAUUUUAAGAGAGAAACGCGUAUAAUCCGAUAUCCUAAAAUAACGCGCGUGGGUGAACCCCGCAUUAAGACGCUCUCAGCACACCGUGUUCUGAAAUUUUCGGUAACUCGAGUCAGCGAUAUAUUUCUUGAAGAGAUCGAAAGUUUCAUCCAUGCGUGGAUUUUUAUUAACAAUAUAAUCGGAAUAUGUCAUGCGUUUGUGAUAGUGCUUGUGAACAAGCCAAGUGCCUGCCAAAGGCAGAUCGUCGCGACUGACUGAUAAUGAUAUACUUUUACCUCAACAAAUUAUAUGUGUUUUUUUGAGUUGUUUACGGUUAGAUUAUUAUGUUAGGCUAGAUUCUUAUUUAUUAUAAGCUAGUUAUUAGAUUAUUAUUAGAUUCGGUUCUUAAGUUAGUUCCAGCCAUGUUCGGUCAUGAGCGAAACGCUUCAGGAUAAUACGCUUCGUUGAUGUUUCGUUCGGUGAAUGCGACAUCUUAAUGCUUUGAUUCGGUAAGAAUGGUGCAGAUCGAAAUGCAGGAUAUAAUUCGUGAUAUCCUCUACCGCGAAUACAGCCAAGUCAAUUUCGAUAGCUAAAAUCGCGUUCGUGUGCAAGUCGGUAUAUUUUUGGGCAAGAAGUCAGUGAACGUCACGUGACAUUGUAGGAGCACGCCUCCAUACUGCGGCGUCGGGACGCCUUCGCGGACAUUCAGGAAUAUGACGACGACGUCGGCUAUUUAAGAUGGACCGACGGCUCGCGCCAAGUCAGAAGUCGAGUCGACUUUGGAAUCAUCCGGUGACCUACGAGCGACGACGAGUUCUUACGCUCCACGUGAAAAAGUACGGUAGCACUGUUCGAUAUUUUUUCGCGAGUAUAUGUAUGUGUAUGUGUGCGUGCGCAUAUGUUAUGUGUUGGUGUAUGCGCGUUUCCAAGUAAUACAAAGUAAGAUUUCUUUUGUUAACCUGCCGUGUCCUCCACCCCCAAUAAACCCUAUAUAUUAUGACCGCUAUUAUCUGCUAUUAUCCGCUUCAUUUAUUUUAAUUUACGAUUAGUUUUAGGAUUACUUAAUUUACGUUCAUAUUUCUUUAUGGUUGUUGUAGAGUAGAGUGAGCUUAUAGGUACGUUUCUUUGUGCGACAUAAUCUUAAACUAACGGUCCUUAUGUCCUCGCCCUCAAAAAUCUCCCCCCACCCAGCUACCUCUGUAAAUGAUUGUUGUCAAGACUGCGCAUCUAUCAUAGUCGUAAGGGAGAAACUAUGAAAAGGAAUUUUACCACGAGUUGAGUGACGUGUAAUGUGUAAUUUCACCAUAAGUCCUAUUUUCAAUAACGUCGCAAACCGCGCACUUUAUGUGUAUGACAUAAUACGUAGCAGUGGGGGGUCGCGUAUGACUUUAAACUAGUAUCAUAUCGAUAUCUGAUCUCCAUCGUUGUGCCGUUUUGCUUGAUUGGUCUAUACUUAUUCCGCCAUUGAAUACGUUAACCCGAGAGAUUGAAUUUUCGCUUAAUUCUCUACGUAAACGUGUACGGACAAUUUUUAUGAUCUCUGAGAUAUCGAUCGAGCUCUCGCUAUUUUUUAGCUUACGACUAUAAUUAUGCGUUAUUAUGUUCAUUUUCCGCUGUUAGUAUUCGCCAUGUGAAUGAAGAAAAUGAUCUCUAACGCUAUCUCUAUCGAUCCCUUCGAUCGAUCUCUUCGAUCGAUCCCUUUGUGCUGCUUCGCUUCGUACGGAAUCAGUAAAAUCGGACAAAGGUCCUGUUUAUUAAAUAAUCACGUUUACCCAGAUAAUGCCUUUUUAAAUUCGUUCCGUCGCGAAUCGAAGAAAAGGAUCGAAGUGGAAGGCAUUCAUUCGUGAUAUUUCGCACGUGUAACGUGUUCAAUAAAGGGAAAAGUUCUUGCUGAUGUAAAUGACAAGUGCAUAGUCGCCUGUCAACAGACGCGUUCUUAUGCUUCCCUAAAACUAUCACUGAAUGAUGCUCGCGAAUCUAAUGAUUAGUCAAUGGCACAUACGCUCGCUGGAAAUGCGUGUUAAACGGGUAAAUUUCUUAUUGUGUCUUUUAUAAGUCAGUAAAUAUGGAAGGUAUCUAGCCAAUGACCUACUAAAUUCUCAUCCAUUCCGGAAUAGACGAAUCUUUCGUGUCAUCGGAUGACUACUCAUUUAACGUGCUUCGUGUCAUGUAAGCAUGAUGCGUAUGCAUGAUGCAUGUAUAUUAAUAAUAUUGAAAUAUUAAUAGAAUAAAUCUCUGACGGAUUAAUUAAUUACGAUGAAGAGACUUUGAUCAAUUGUACACAUGAACUAACGAGUUAACCGCCUUGGUGCAAAUUAACUUAUGACUUAAAAUUAACGUUUAUAUCCUAGUUUUAUAUUACGUCUUAUGUUUCCCAAAUUGUCGCUCAUGCAUGCCUAUUUCUCGCCCAGGACGUUUAUACUUUAUCCUAACUUCUACAUACCUUUGAUGAGAUAUUUUUUUUUUAAUUUUUUUUUCUUUUUAUAUUAAGAAGGUUCUAGCGUGUAAUUCAAUCAAACAACAGCUAAAUCUAUAAUAUGUAUAUAAUAUAAUGUAUGUAUAUAAUAUAAAAAUCGAUCUAACAAUGCAUAAUUUCAAUGGGGCCUUUAACGUGUUAUUCCCAAGAUAAUUAAUUAUAAACUUUGUAUUUUGCGAUCACAAAUGCGGAAUUCCACAAUUUCCAAUUCUUCCCCGCCCUCCCUUUCCCCAAAAAUUCCAUUUUUUGAUAAAUAUAGAAUACACAUUUACAGAGAGCACUAUAAUCAUUACGUGCAAAGUUAAGGUAAAUGUCCCAAUCAGUGACCAAAUAACUUCUUUCAUCGCAAAAAUAAAGAAAUAUAUAUAAAUUUGUUCAUAAAAAAAUAACAGGUGAUUAUCAUUCAAAUAUCACUCGAUUCAAUUAUCAUCGAAUAUUUAAAUCGUAUAGAAACAUGAAUAUAUCACUACCCAGUAAACAAAAAAUCAUUAAUAGAAUGUCAUUUGCAACGAUAUUUAGUAACAUGUAACAUUUUCUAAUAUGUAGCUUUUAACGUUGCAUCAACUUCGACAAUGUUCGAAAAUGUUCAACAAAUACGUGAAAGAUGUAUAUUUCAAGAUGUUGAUUUAAUGUUCUCCGUUUACUAGGUAGCCUAUUAAUUUUGAUCUUACUUUCAGACUCACUAUUCCAUUCAACACCUACUUUAACGAUAUAGUAUAAGCUGUAGCUAUAGUAAAAAAAGAUAAAAACUAUAGCUCUAGCUAUGGCUAUAGCGAAAAGGGAAAUUUCGAACAUCAUCAGAGUCAAAGUAGGAAUAAUUUGUAUCAUCAGAAUUAAACCUGUCAUGAUAUUUGAACUUUUAUUACGUAGAAUUGAAGAUUCAUAACAUAGGGCCAAAAUUUCGACUCGGGUAUUGACUUAAACAUGGUAAUUUAUAAGCUAUAUUUGUACUAUUGAAUAAAUUCCAGAGGGAUAAGUUGUCAUAUCGUUACGCUCACUCGCGUUCGCAUCUGACUCUGCGUGAAAAAUGAACACGUUUACAAAAUAACGAAGAAUGUUUAAUUGAAUAUUUAUACAACUUGUUUUUUAUUCUGCUUUACUCAAAUUUAAAGCUGAGUAGACACUGAGCGAACAAAUAACGAACGAACUACGAAUGCAAACUUUUGUUUUGUGAUUAAAAAGACGUGUAUGCUUAUUCAAACAGAAUGUUUUGUUCGCAUUCGGAUUGAUUCGCUCAUGACGCGGCCUAUUAAAGGAAAUUUGUGCGCAAAAUGGACGCAAAUGUAUUAUACGUUCGUUGUUUGUUCGUUCGGUAUAUUCAGCUUUACACAAUUGCGAACACGAACACGGUUGAACGUGACUUCACCGAGCACAUACCACGAUGCUUCGACUAGACAUCGGGGCACGAAUGUAACAAUAUUAAUGCUAUUUCUUAACUCUUAAUGAAUAAGAUUUACAAACUACGUGUUCUUUUCAGAAAUAUAAAAAUAGAAAAAUAGGAACGUUUAUAUUAUUUUAUGUAUAUUAUGUUUUAUUCAGAUUAGAGAGAGUGCGGGAACAAAUAAAUAUCCUAGUACUGAUAAGUGAUAUAUAUGAAUUAACUGCAAAAAUUACAUAUCUUGUUACUUUCUCUAUUUAUAAAACAUUCCUUAACCUUCUCUCAACUUUAACACAACAAUUUCAAUCGUUUAAAUUUAAAGUUGAAGAAUUACACAGAUCUAACCAAAUGAUAUUAAUUGUCAAAUUUUAAGAUGUCGGCGAGUUUGAACUAUCGCCGUCAGCAGUACCCUUUUAAAAUUAAUGUCCCAAUAAUUACUAUGACCCUCAAUUUGAUUCGAAAUUUGUCAUAACUGAUAGUGCAUAAAAUUUAGAAUAAAAGCAUAAGUUUUUAGGAUAAAUAUAGGCCCGCAUUAAACUGAUUUAUUAAAAAGCCGAAUGUAAUUGUCACAAAUUGGAAUUGUGUCACUAAUUGAAUCAUACACCUUAUAUAAGCUAAUUUAGCUUAUACGUAUGUUUAUAUUGUUAGAACUUGCGCACAAAAAUUGUUGUAAUCAUUUCCGACAGAAUCGCAAACAUAUGUCAGAGACGUAGAUCAAUACACAAUGAUUAAUACAAGUGUUAGUGAUGUCUGUUGCACUAACAUUCACGUCAAUCAAUGCAUUAACUUGCAGCUGUGUCGGAAAAGGUUAUGACAGCUUAGACUCUAACAUAUUGAUAUAGAUAGUGCUCUCAACAUGCUAUCAUAUUUCCCUGUUGCCAAAUUUAAUACAACCAGUAGAGCGAAAUAUUCCCGACGUAUAUUAAUUAAAACUAUAAUAAAUUAACAACUAAAAGCGUUAAUUUAUUAAUUUUCAAUUUAUAUGAAAUUAAAUUCUAAUUUAUCAAAUACAAUAUCAAGUAAAUUUUAUAUACGUAUUUCUUUUCUUAUUAUUAGUAUUUAUAUCAAAUAGGAGUCUUCUAUAAUUUUUGUCACUUUCAAGAUAUUUUAUAAACUAAAAACGCGCGAUUACGUAUAAUAAUAUUUAUAAAUUUUAGUUCAUUAAUAUUGUCGCGAAAUUAUUUUUUAGCCAUAUUAUUAACAAAAUACUCAUUGGUUAAGUAAGGAAUGGCGCUAGAACCUUCUUUAACUGGGAAAAAAUGUCAAACAUUGUAGUGAUACCGCGCUUUUAUUCGCAGAUGUCGAUCGUGCCGCUCGUUUUUCGCGAUUGGUGGGAGGACUUCGAUCGUCCUAUGUCGCGGCUGAUGGAUCAGCACUUCGGCACCGGCCUCCGUCGUGACGACUUGAUAUCCGGUUUCACCGGCCUCGGUCUCAAUCGACCCUCCCUUCGUUCGGUUUUCGGGAACACGUACUACCGACCAUGGAGAAAUGUGACUCAUCAAAAUUCUAGUGGAUCUAGUACGAUCCAACUGGAGAAAGAUAAUUUCCAGGUGAUACUGGACGUGCAACAAUUCUCACCGGACGAGAUCACGGUGAAGACGGUCGACAACCAAGUUAUUGUCGAGGCCAAGCACGAGGAGAAGCAAGACGAGCACGGCUACGUCAGCAGACACUUCGUACGCAGAUACGUCCUGCCCUCAUCUCACGACCUCGUCAACGUCACCUCGACUCUCUCCUCGGAUGGUGUACUAACUAUCACGGCACCCAAAAAGAACGUGACGCCGAUUAACACGGAAAGAGUCAUCAGUGUUGUUCAAACAGGAAUGCCAGCUGCAAAGCCGGUUCCCGUCGAAACAACUACUACAACUAACAUCACUACCACUGAGUAAAGAAUUUAUCGUUCGAAACUCUCAUUCCGAUAUUCUUUUAUUUUUCUGAUUUAUAAUUUUAUCGAGGCAAUUUUGUAAAGCAAAGUGACUUUAUCAUAUUCAGGUAAAAUGUUUCUGUAAUACUUAUUAAUAAAAAUGCAAUUUUCUAGUAUGUAUACAUACAA